AUGUUCAAGAGAGAACACGUUGAUAAUUUUUGCUACUUCCUUCUGACUAAGCAAUUUUCAUCGAUCAUACUUACUGAAUUUGAUUCCAACUUACAUUUACACCAGCUGUCCAAGUCGCAGAUAGUCUAUCAACAUUCAACACGCCCUACUUCAAUCAUACGGAGCAAUGGCCAUACUCUACCGUCCCCUUCCAUUCCAAUUCGAGGGAGUUCCCUUGAUGCUUGGUUGCCAAAUAUGUCGGAAACUCGUGCUGGGCCCAAUUAA